GCCUUUGAAAUGGCGAAGCGGGUGGAGGCCAUGGGCGACGAAGUCGGUCUCGUCAACGUUCCUUCUCAUCUCACUCACAUGCAAGACAUCAGUGAAAACGUGCUGCACUUGUCGCACUACAUCGGUAUUUUGUCGAAGCAGGAGGUUGAUGAUUUGGGACCUGUCCUGAGACCGCUCACGAGAAAGGAGAAGCUUCAUGUCGUGUGGAAAAUGGCACCUCCUGAACGUAUCGCCGAGCUCCGCCUGACGCCUGAAAAGCUUGACCACUGGUUUGACGUCGCUGCGUCUCUC